CAUAGCGGUACAGUUGUCAGCGGUAGAGGCAACCAUGAAGACUGUCUUAUUCCUUGCCGGGCUCGUCGCCCUGGUGAUGGGAAGCGUCCCACACCAUCAUGAAAUCAAAUUGAAGGCUGUGGAAUCCAAAUUCGUUGAGUACCAGAAGAAGAUUUUGGCACUUUUCGAACACUUCAAUCAGCCGGAUUACUAUUCUGACUAUUACAAAGUUGGCAAGGACUAUGACAUCGAAGCAAACCUUCAAAACUACUCGAACAAACAAGCCGUCGAAGAGUUCUUGCUGCUGUACAGAACUGGAACUCUGCCAAAAUACUACAAGUUUUCCAUCUUCUAUGAACGGAUGAGGGAUGAAGCCAUCGCUCUGUUCCACGUCUUGUACUAUGCCAAGGACUUUGAAACCUUCUACAAAACUGCAGCCUGGGCUAAGGUCCACAUGAACGAAGAACAGUUCUUUUACGCAUACUACAUUGCUAUCGUCCAAAGAAAAGAUACUGCAGGCAUUGUUCUUCCAGCACCUUAUGAAGUCUAUCCUCAGUUCUUUAUGAACAAAGACGUUCAGUCAAGGUUAUAUUCCGUAAAAAUGCAAAAUGGCUUUAUAAAUGAAAAAGUUGCUGCCCAAUACGGCAUGGUGAAAGAAAACAACAACUACAUCAUCUAUGCAAACUACUCUAACUCCUUGAGUUACCCAAACAAGGAACAGAAACUGUCGUACUUCACUGAAGAUAUCGGCUUGAACUCGUACUACUUCUACUUCCACUCACAGAUGCCUUUCUGGUGGAAGUCUGAAAAAUGGAGUGUAUUGAAGGACCGUCUCGGUGAAGUUUUCUUCUACUACUACCAACAGCUUUUGGCUCGUUACUAUUUGGAACGUCUCCCCCAUGGCUUGGGUGAAAUUCCUAAAUUCUCGUGGUACUCUAACUUCAAGUCUGGAUACUAUCCUCAAUUGUAUUCAGUUGUCUCACCUUUCGUACAGAGAAGCAACGAUUACAAUCUCCACAAUGAAAAGAAUUACGAAUACAUUCGUUUCCUGGACACUUACGAGAAGACAUUCUUCCAAUUCUUGCAGAAGGCUGAGUUUAAAUCUCCCGAGAAGGAAAUGAACUACGUCGGCAACUACUGGCAUAUGAACUCCGACUUAUACGCCGAGCAGAGCAACAAGGACCUGCAUCAGUAUUCUUAUGAAAUCAUUGCUCGUCACGUCCUUGGUGCUAGCCCCAAGCCAUUCGAUAAGUACUCUUUCAUGCCAUCUGCAUUGGACUUCUACCAGACUUCUCUGCGCGACCCUGCAUUCUACCAGCUUUACCAGAGAAUCAUCGAUUACCUUAUUGAUUACAAGCAGUACGUGAAACCGUACAACCACGACGAUCUUCACUUCGUGGGUGUUAAGAUCAACGACGUUCAAGUGAGCGAAUUAGUUACCUACUUCGACUACUUCGACUAUAAUGCCACUAACAGCGCCUUCUACAGUAAGGAAGAACUCAAAGCCUAUCCGGUGAAUUACAUUAUCCGUCAACCACGACUUAACCACAAACCUUUCAGCGUUAAACUUGAUGUUAAGUCUGAUGUGGCGUCAGAUGCCGUCUUUAAGAUCUUCAUUGGACCUAAAUAUCACGCCAAUGGCUACCCAGUUAACAUCGAGGAUGACUGGAUGAAGUUCUACGAACUGGACUGGUUCGUGCAGAAACUUGUGCCUGGUGAGAACAAGAUCGAACGCAAAUCAAGUGAGUUUGUGCUCUUCAAGGAUGACUCCGUUCCCAUUAACGAGAUCUACGAGUGGUUGGAGCAAGGAAAGGUACCAUACGACAUGUCAGUUCAGCCCGACAAUAUGCCACGAAGGCUAAUGCUGCCCAAGGGUACCCGUGGCAGUUUCCCAUUCCAGCUGUUUGUGUUCGCCUACCCGUAUAACAGUGUUAAGAAGGGAGAGAAUGUAUUUGAGAGUUACAUCUUGGACAACAAACCCUUCGGAUAUCCAUUCGACCGCCCCGUGCGCGAGGCUUACUUCAGACAACCCAAUGUCUUCUUCAAGGAUGUCAGAAUCUACCACAAGGACUCAUAUUAUCCUUAUCAGCUUAAUGUUCCUUCAUUUUUCUUGCAGAAGAAGAUAUAAAUAGCUAAAUUGUUCCUAACUUUUAGCUAUAACUUUUCAUAGGUCAAAAUGUACAAAAAAAAAAUGAGUGUAUAUGUAACACUAUAUUUAUAAUAUAGCAUAUGUAUCUACGAGU